UGACAACGUUUCCUCGGUCUCUUCUCCCCUCCCUCUUUCCCCAUGUCCAUUGACGCUAUUGCCGAGCUCUCCCUCUCCACCGUGGUCCUCAACCUCGCCCUAUUGGUAGCGGUGGUCGGUGGUCUGCUGAUGUUCAUGAACCGGUCGUCGCGCAAGUGCCAUGACCGUGAUGCCCCUGCAGGCGCCAUGGCUGCUGGCCCGGGUACCGGAGGUGCCGCGGGUGGUGGAGCGACGACCACGACAGCCACCGCCCGCCCGCCGUCGGCCUUCCGCGGCCGUGCCCGCCGCCGCGACUGAGCUGCAGAGCUGCAAAGCUAGGUAGGCGCUAUCUGCUGAAGCAGAGGCGAGCUGGACUGAGCUAUACCAGUGUCGGGGCGUUUGAGAUGGUCGUGGGAUGGGUCUGGUCUGUCCGAUCGCUUGUCUCUGGUUGCUGCGGGGAGCAAUGACCCAGCGAGUUCUCCUGUUCCGUCCGUGGCAGUGCGGUCGUUUGGUGUUCCUCACUUGGUUUACAGCGGGAGCGAUGCCACGAGCUCGAUGUCUGCCUGGCGUUCUGCUUGCUGCCUGCGUUGGCGCUGGGUCAUGUGCGAGGCGUGCAUGGUGGUCUGGCUCUUGGGCAUGAACGGCUUGUAGUACGCCGGUGGGAUGGAGGUCGUCUUGGCGCCGUACGCCAGCUCCUGAACCAUGAAUGGGUUGGUGGCCGCCGCCGGGCGUCGUGAUGAUCGUCCAGGGCUAGCGGCCGUGGCUGGCCGAGAGUCGCGGCGGAACAUAGUCCCACCCUCGGCCGACACAAUGCCAAAGCCCGGCAUGGUCGAGUGGCCUGUGCCCGGCCGGACGGCGUGCUGCCUGUCGCCAUUGCGCCCGCGGGCUGGUGGGAUGUAAACGUUGCGCUGUGAAGACGGA